CAUAUAACAUGACAUGCUCGGUUUGAACGGUUCAAGGUCAAAUUUUUCCCGGAAUACGAGCUCUCGAAAAUCAUGGAUGACUAUCAAAGCAUCGCUUCGAAAGGACAACGUCUUGCCUUUGCUCACAUUCUCGUUGGGUUUGCCCUGAUUGUUGCCGGCAUUCUGGACAGAUUACAGCUGGAGUCUUAUUUUGGUUAUUCAUGUUUUGGGAUUUGGGUCGGCAUUUGGAUGUGUAUCACAGGAGGCCUCGGUAUCUCUGCUACUAAGAUGUUCAGAACGUCAACAACCAACUUCUAUGCGGCCCUGUUUAUGGCAUUUUCCAUAGUGUCGUCCGUUAGUGGCCUACUUAUCAGCUCCUUAUAUGGAGCAACAGAAUUGAGAGCUUUUAGUAUAACCAUGGUAAUCCUUGGUGCUCUUGAGUUUGGCAUUGGAAUUGCAGCGUCUGUGUGCUGCUGCUUGAUGAAGCCUUGUACAUGCUGUUGUUGUGUCUCCCCAGCUGAGAGACGACCUUUGGUGCAUCCACCACGUGUUCAGCCCAUAUUGGUUGACAGGCAAACUAACUAUGUUGCCGUCGUAGUCCCUCCGUGAAAAAAUCGCACUCUAGGAAUGUGAAACUACGUGAAUCUCAAGAUCAUCAAUCCAAAUGUUUCAAUAAUUUUUUUCUCGUCAUUUGUGAGUUGACUACUUGAGAGACUAAAAAGAAACCUAAUAAAAAAGUGAUAUCGCAUUUUAAUAAA